AUGCCCUCUGUCUCGAAUGCGAAGACGGCGCCUCUCAAACCAGCACCCGUCGAAUGGCCAGGAGAAAUUCAUGACACAGCGCACGCUACGGCUGCUAGUGCGACUUUGGCUGAUUCAUUAUGUCUGGGAUUGCUCCAUUGUGAAAACCAGGGAGUGUGCGAAGAGGGGACAACCUCGUACGAUUUCUUGGCGGGAUUUCGUGGCGUUGCCGAGAGCGGUGUCAGCCUUUGGCCUUUCGCCGUGGAACAUGUACAGAACCAUCACUGCCAAUGUCCCGAUAGAUAUACAGGAGUGCGAUGCGAAGUUGAAUUCGUCACCUGUGGAGAUCGUGAGCACACGUGCUUUCACGGAGCGCGGUGUUUGGAAACGAUGGACGAUUUAAACGAGCAAGCGGAAACGGUGUACAGCUGCAACUGUGAGACAAUAGACACGGCUUCCUUGACGCACUAUGCCGGUAACUUUUGUGAGCACCCGGCGAGUUCCGUUUGUGAUAACGGUGUUCACCGCUCCUUUUGUGUAAACGAUGGGGUGUGUCUGGAUAGUAUGGACGAGCAUAGGCUUGGACUGGGCCACAUUGCGAGUACCCAAGUGGAAAAUCAGCUCAAACCACGAUUGUUCGGCAAAGGAACACGACAAUCUAUCAUAAACCAUCCCGAAUUUUCCACCUUGUCGCUGUCCGGGUUCAGCGUACUCGUGGUGAUGAGCAUCGUGUUUGGGCUUUUGCUGUACUGGGGUCAGCGACGGAGAAAGUCCAGGGUCCAAGUCGAAGAGCUGAUUGCAAGUGUUACUGCUGUUGAUAUGCCGAUACCGGUGCGCCUUCCCAUCAAAUCUGCAGAAGUGGUGUAAAGAGUCCCUUUUGUCCCCUCCUCCCACAGGCGCCAGCCCUUUCACAAAUUGAAUCUGUCUUUUUCCAAAUUCAAGGAAAGAAGCAGAGUGCUAUCUAGAAA